GUCAUACUGACAAAUGACAAAUUGUUUCUGCAUCUGUCUGUGAUUCAUGAUUUGUUUCAUUUUUCUAGCAAAACAUAAUUUAUUCAUUUCAAAUGUUCUUUAUUUAGUUAGUUGUUUCUAGUUAAUCCAGUGCCUACAGUGAACAGUUAUUAACUGGUUUAAGUUAGGCUUAGAAUACUGAAACUAAAAAGUAUCUGCCAGAAUGACUCUCGCAGAAUUCUUCAGUUGCUCUCUUCUUGCUUUUGGAGCUCCGUUGGUGAUGUUUGCGUUCACGGUGGCCAAUGACCCUGUCCGCAUCAUCAUCAUGAUAGCAGCAGCAUUUGGGUGGCUGCUAUCGUUUUUACUCUCGUCUUUAGUGUGGUAUGCAGUGGUGCCAUUACGAUCAUAUCUGGCGUUUGGGAUGGUCUUUGCCAUAAUUUUCCAGGAAAUAUUCCGAUAUGGCAUGUAUAUCCUUCUGAGAAAAACAGAAGCAGGGCUGAAAGAGAUUUCAGAGAAUCACAACAUUGGCAGCAAUAAACUAGAGAUGGCAUAUGUGUCUGGCCUGGGCUUUGGCACUAUGAGCGGAGCCUUUGCCCUCAUUAAUGUUCUAGCUGAUUCUGUUGGUCCAGGAACUUUAGGCCUCCACACUGGCACGGAGUACUUCUUCGUGACGAGCGCCGCCAUGACACUUUGUAUGAUAUUACUUAACACGUUCUGGAGUGUUAUAUUCUUCAGUGGCUUUGAUGACAAGAACUACGUAAAAGUCGGAUGGGUCGUAGUGUCACAUUUCUUUGUAUCCGGGCUCAGUCUUUUGAACAGUAAGGAGUUAUAUGCAGCUACAAUCUUGCCUUCAUACAUAGUUUUAGCUAUCACAGCCUAUAUUGCCUUCAGAACAGCUGGUGGCUCAGCCAGGAGUCUAAUGCAAAGUAUUUCCUCCAGGUCAUAGAACUAAGACAUUCACAAUUCAUCAUUCAUACAUGAAGAAUUUACUAGACUGCGCUGGAAAAAAUUAUAUAAUACAGGGAUUGUUUUCAUUGACAGAUGCAUUUAGAACACAGAUUUGAUUUGAUAAGCGCAUAUGCUUGAACAGAACACUAUGACCCUUAUAUUAUAGGACCUCAGUUACAUGUUAUACAUUAUUUUGAACUUAUUAAAAAAGUUUAAUGUUUGACUGAAGUCCUGUAAAGUUGGGCUUCAAGUUUAUAGAUUCCUAGUUGACUUGUUGUUCCUCACCAUUCACUUAGAUUAGGCCUUGAACUAGUAAUUACAUUUUCUAGUUAGAUCAAAUGAAUCCCAAUUCCAGAAUAGCUAGAAAAUAUAUAAAUUUCUUAGUAUAUUAGAAGUUUGUAUUAGCAAGCAGCUAGGUACUAGACGCUAAAAUAGAUUUUUUUAGAAGGUGGGUUAAUAAAUAUUUGUAUUUUGACGAAAAUAUUUGCCAUGACGUACCUUAUCGUACAGUUUUACGUCAUUCAAAAGAAUGGCCCUGAGAUACAAGAAUUAAUGUAACAUUAGAUGUAGGUUGCAAGAGAGAGCGAGUUCGUAAAUUAUGCUUAUACUAAACUCAUUUAAUUAUUUUAUCGCCUCGCUGAUCAAGUGUCCCACAAAAAUAUAUGUCGGGCUUACCGCUUGAGCCCAUUAAAACAGUUUAACUAAGAUAUUGACUUCAGGUUUUGUUUAUGUCUUGUCUUUCUUUUUUUAGUACCUAGUUAAACUAAUGUAGCUCUCAAAAAAGUACAGUCAACAUGAAAAGCUCACAGAUUUUGAAGUCAGAUUUAAAAUAAUUGAGGAUAUAAAACUUUAUUUCGAAUUUUAAACGAGAUAUGUAUUUAACGUGUACUUGAAAUUGUUGGUCAAAGUAGCAUUAUGAUUCUAAGUACCUAUGCGAAAUGUAAUGUAUGGACUGACAUCUCCUUAGCAAUACAUUUAGUGUAAGUGGACGCGUCGUGUUUGUUACUAAAAACUUGAAAUACCUACUUUUGAAAAUAUUGAUUGGAGUCAGUAAGGUAAUGAGUUUGUAAGAAGGGACUGCAAAAAGAAAAGCUAUGUAUAAAUCUGCCUUCACUGACAGCAGAAGCCGUGUUACCCCUAAGCUUGACAAGUGCCUAAAGCGCUAGUUUGCGGAGUGGCACCAUAAGGCGUGCCUGCCCUUAGGCGGAGGCCGGGCUCGGAAGUGUAUAUAUAAAGUGAAUACAUUAACCGAUAAAAAUACGAUCUAAGACGUAUUCUACCCAAUAUUGUUAAGCUAUCGGUAAAAUUGUAAAAAUAUAUUUAUAUGAGAAAAAACUCAAAUAAAUAUUUAACAAUAAAAAUAUCGGGGUGUAAAUAAUGGUUGAUUCACUGUUUAUAUUGUUUAAUGCUCAUAAAAUAUUUUUUAAUAAUGUAAGUAGUAGGUACACACGUUAAACGAAACCAGAUAACUAAUGCGGAAUUUAAUGUACAACCAUAACAAAAACAAUGAUUUCAAAUUGUAAUUAUUUAUUUUUUUAUUAAUAAGUGAGAACAAUCAUUCCUUAGUCUAUUUAUAAAUAACUGGACGGCGAAUUUGUUACGAUAACUGUUAUUAUAGCACAGUAUUUAAUAAUAGUAAUAAUACAAUUAAAAGUUUUUACAAAUAAAACUGAGAACUAUAUUUUUUCUUUCCCUAUUAAAACUUCUGUUUUCUUCCACAGUACUAAGAGUCUUACUUCUACUUAUUUUGGGGUUGAUUCCUUGUAUUUUAAUUUAAUCUAUUAGAACUUUGCAAAAAAUCUACCUUUAUAAAUAACAUAAGUACUUAUCUUAAAAUACAUUAAUUUCUUACA